UAGUUUUCAUGAAAACCAGACAGGUUUAAUUAGUCCACUUUAUAUUGUUUCGACAAUUUUUUUAUUUUUACCUUUAUGAAGAAAAAUGCACUCGAAUAAUGUGUAAACAAUUAGUAAUGUACUUUAGAAAUCUCACUUAUCAUAAAAUAACUCGUAUUGACUUUUUCAAUGGAUACUCUAGAUGAGUAUCCUCAUCUACCUUUAGUAUUUUCUGUAUGUUAUAUUUUUAAAUUAUGGGGAUAUUUGAAUUAAUUGUAUCCUUUAAAAAUGACAUUAAUUACUCAUUUUUUCGAAAUUGGUUAAUGUCUACUUACCAACAUGUAGUUACAGAAAAAAUGAUCACGGUCAUUUUGAUUUUUACAGCAACUGCAGUUAUAAGUUUAUUGUGUACAGUUGCAUUUUACAAAUGGAGGAUAAAAAAUUUAAGUUACCGAAGAAAAGAUCUCAAUGCACCAUUAAAAACAAGAUUUCGUAAACGAGACAAAGUAUUAUUUUAUGGACGUAAAAUGCUUAGAAAAGUAAAAAAUAUAUCUGGCCAAGUACAUGGACAAGGAAAAAAAAGGAAAUUAGUCAUGAAAUUUGCUCGACGUUUGUUACAAAUACGUAAAGAUACUACACCUCAACGCUUAAAUGUAUUGGAACCACCUGCUGAAUAUUUAGAGGAAGAACUAAUAAUGAAAGAUGGUCAAAAUGUUCCUCCUGAUGCAUUUUAUAUGCUACAAAGUAUCAGAAUGUUUGGACAUUUUGAAAAACCCAUAUUUUUGAAGCUUUGUCGCCAUACUGAAGUAUUAAAUGUUCAUGCAGGAAGUCAACUAUUUAAGGUUGGUGAUGCAGAUGAAAAUGUUUUUAUUGUUCAGAAUGGAUUAAUCAGUGUAAAUACUAUUCUUAUUGAUGGUACUUCUAUACCUUUAAAGCUUGUAAAAACUGGUGAUAGUAUUGCUUCUUUAUUGAGCUUUACAGAUGUUCUUACAGGUCACAAAAAAUUAUACAAAACUGUAAGUGCUAUAGCAGUUGAAGACAGUACAAUUGUACGUUUACCAGUUGCUGCAUUUCAAGAAGUUUUACAAGAUUAUCCUGAUUCAUUAAUUCAGAUCAUUCAAGUUGUUAUGGUAAGAUUGCAAAGAGUUACAUUUACAGCUCUUCAUCAAUAUUUAGGACUUUCAACUGAAUUAGUACAAAAUGGUGCAAAUAGCGACCAUGUUAGUCCUUUUAUUUCAGUUUCAAAAAAUAAUUCAUGUAUGUUUCUGCAAAAAGAAUGUGAUUCAAAUAAAGAAGAUUCAGAAAUUACAUUAGAUAAAAUAGAUAACUUCAACAUGAAUAAAAAUGAUUGGUAUCUUAAAAUGGCUAAAAAGGUUUUUGCUAAAGAGUUUAAGCUAGAAAAUGAUGAACUAUUGGAAGGAAAGAUUGAGAUACGUAAUAUACCAAAUAAUACUUUUAUAAUGCGUGAAGACUCUCAUAAGGAUGCAGCAUUAGUAUUAUUGUUAAAUGGUUCUAUGGUAGUAUCUCAAAAGAUGGACCCUGAUGGACUUACAGAAGUUCAUAUGUAUUCAGUAAAUCCUGGUGAUAUUGUUGGAGGUUUGGCAAUACUUACUGGAGAACCAGGAUUUUUAUCAUUUAGAACUAAUCGACCCAGUGUUGUAGCAAUUUUAUCAAAAAAUACAGUAUAUGCAAUAAUGAAAGAAAUACCUCAAAUAGUUUUACCAAUUGCUCAUACUGUUCUAACAAGAUUAUCACCAUUUGUGCGCCAAGUAGAUUUUGGUUUAGAUUGGUUGUUUAUUGAAAGUGGCCGUGCAGUUUACAGGCAAGGUGAAGAAUCUGAUAGUACAUUCAUAGUCUUGAGUGGACGAUUACGUUCAGUUGUAACACAUGAAAAUGGAAAAAAAGAAUUAGUAGCUGAAUAUGGUAAAGGAGACCUUGUUGGAAUUGUAGAAGUAGUUACAAAAAUGCCUCGAGGGACAACAGUUAUGGCUGUAAGAGAUUCAGAACUAGCUAAAUUACCAGAAGGAUUAUUUAAUUUCAUUAAAUCAAGAUUUCCUGGAGUUGUAUCUACACUUAUUAAUUUACUUGGGCAUAGAAUUUUAGGUACUUGGCAAAAGCCCUCAAUUAGUAAAACAGUAGAUACUAGACCAACUCAAAGUAAUUUUUCAACCAUUGCCAUUGUACCCUUAUCAGAAGAUGUACCAUUAACUAGCUUUACAUAUGAAUUAUACCAUUCAUUAUGUUCAAUUGGUUCUACCAUAAGAUUGACUUCUGAUUAUGUAAGAAAUGUAUUGGGAAAAUCUAUAAUGGAGUAUAGUAAUGAAUACCGACUUACCACUUGGUUAGCUCAGCAAGAAGAUCAAAACAAAAUAGCUCUCUAUCAAUGUGACUACUCAUUUUCCCCCUGGACACAACGUUGUAUCCGACAGGCUGAUUGUAUAUUACUUAUUGCUUUAGGAAACAAGCAACCAACAAUUGGAAAGUACGAAAAAGAAAUUGAACGUUUAGCUUUGCGUACUCAAAAAGAAUUAGUUUUACUACAUAAAGAAGAUUCUGAAUUACCAACAAAUACUGUUGCCUGGUUAAAUAUACGAUCAUGGGUUUCAUCUCACCAUCAUAUACAGUGCCCUAAACGUAUAUUUACAAAACGCUCAGUUUCAACAAUAAGUGAACAGUAUCAAAAAAGACUGCAAACUGAAGUUAAUAUACAUUCAGAUUUUUGUCGCUUGGCCAGAUGGUUAACAGGAACAUCAGUUGGAAUAGUAUUAGGAGGUGGUGGUGCUAGAGGUGCUGCUCAUAUAGGAAUGUUAAAAGCAAUACAAGAAGCUGGAAUUCCUAUUGAUAUGGUUGGUGGAGUUAGCAUUGGUGCUUUUAUGGGAGCUGUUUGGUGUAGUGAAAGAGAUAUAAUAGGAAUGAUAAGAAAGGCUGGUCAUUGGGCUAAAAGCAUGACUCAUUGGUGGAGGCAAAUUUUGGAUUUGACCUAUCCAGUAACUUCAAUGUUCACUGGCAAAGAUUUUAACUUUACAAUUUUUUCUACAUUUGGAGAUACACAAAUAGAAGAUUUAUGGUUACCCUAUUUUACAAUUUCCACAGAUAUAUCAUCCAGUGAAAUGAGAAUACACACUCACGGGUCAUUAUGGCGUUAUGUACGAGCAUCAAUGUCUCUCUCUGGGUAUAUGCCACCAUUAUGUGAUCCAAUUGAUGGUCAUUUACUUUUGGAUGGUGGAUACAUAAAUAAUUUACCAGGUACUCUAUGGCGAUAUGUUCGAGCAAGUAUGACAAUAGCAGGUUUACUUCCUCCUAUAUGUGAUUCAGAAGAUGGUCAUUUACUUAUUGAUGGAUGUUAUGUUAAUAAUGUUCCAGCGGAUGUGAUGAGAAGUCAAGGAGCUAAAUAUGUACUUGCUAUAGAUGUUGGAUCUCAAGAUGAUAUGGAUUUUACAAAUUAUGGAGACAGUUUAUCUGGGUUUUGGUUAUUGUGGAAAAAGUUGAACCCAUUUACAACAUCAGUCAAAGUUCCAAGUCUUCCCGAUAUACAAUCAAGAUUGGCUUAUGUAUCUUGUGUUCGCAAACUUGAGGUUGUUAAAAGUAGUGAAUAUUGUCAAUAUAUUAGACCUCCUAUCGAUAAAUAUAAGACACUUCAGUUUGCAAGUUUUGAAGAAAUUAAAGAAGUUGGUUAUCAACAUGGUAAAACAUACUUUGCUGGUCUAAAAUUAGCUGGAAAAAUUCCAUUUGGAAAACCUGAAAUUGUAACAUCUCAAGGAAAAUCACAACCAAAUAUGUAUUCAAUUAUUAAACCAUAAUAAUAAGUCAUUUUAUACAUAUAUUAAAAAAGAAUAUAUUAUAGCUAUAUUUAAUGUAACAAUUGUUUAUUGUUAUAUAUCAUUUUAACAUUAUAUAAAUGUAUUAUGUAAUAUUAUUACCUAUUAAAAAUAUUUUAUAAAAUAAAAAAUUUAUUUAAA